AUGGCGGCCGAUGAGGAAAGCCAUCAAGGACCGGUGACAAUUGUGCGAGAUGGAUUCGAGAACAGGUCAUCGACGCCUCGAAGCUUUUCAACGCCUGACUUGAUCACCGCAACACAUAGGAGGCGACCACGACCAAAAUAUUGCAUGGCGAUGGAGAGGUUUAUAAAUAGUGUUAUUGUUCAGGUUAUUAUUCUCCUAAUGGUUGUACUUAUCUGCCUCAUAGCAACGACAGAAACGCUUGUAGCAUAUCGUCGUCUUAAAUUUGAUUCGUCAAAAACAGCAGAAACUGUGAUUACAGUUUUACAUUAUGUCUGUCUUUUUUUUUUCAUUGUCUUUGUGUUCGAGGUUAUUUUCAGGAUAUGUGCAAUGGGUGUAGAGUACUUCCACCAACCAAUGCAGAUUGUUGAUGGAUUAGUUGUAUUUUUGACAUUUACAUUAGAUGUUUCUCUGUGGCUGGCACCCGUCAGUCAUCCAGCUUUACACACUUUAUCAUUUCUUAUUAUCAUUCGAAUGGGAAGGUUACAUCUCAUAAUUAAAGGAAUCACAGACAGGGUUCGAGAAGAUGCGGACGUUCAGAUUGAACUUGAAAGAAUCAUGAGACGUAACAUUGAAGCUUGUGCCGAUAAGUUACAACAGCAAUGUGAUCAACAGAAUAAAGAAAUUGCUUUUCUCAAAGAUUUAUUACAACAACAUCACAUUGAGUCACUACAGAGCAAUGGAUCCGUUAUUCACACUGACUCAGAAACGCUAAAAAAGGCUGAAUCUAGUUCGUCGUCUACCGCAGGAACCAUUGAUGGUUCCCCUAUUGAUAAGAGGAAAUGCAGCGUUGACAAUAUAGCUGUUACAAAUGAUCACUAUGCCACUGCCACAUCAACAGCCAUUUUACAGUCUGCAAUGGAUGAUGUCAUUAAUCGCUCACAAAAUAUAGAGAAUAUAGAAAAAGAUAAAGACGAAGUAAAAACAAGUCAGGAUAACCAAAAUAUUACCAUAAUUGAAGAGACACCUGCCACUCCACUUAAGGAAUGCAAAGCCGUUUCAGUAUCCAUGCCACAGAUCGGCACUGCAGCUAACCCACCAAUCAGAUAUGAAGACUUAGAUACUCUUAAUUUGGAACUGGCUGAAAUAAGACGACUGUCACAAGAAGCGUUGCUACAAGAUUUUACCACACCACUCGAAGGCAUCAAUAAUAAUAAUAUUGAAUCCAUAGCAAUUGAAUAA